CGGGGAGUCGUAGUCGUAUUGUGUAUGUCUGUCACAAGCUGACUGACGGUCCUUCCCGAAUUUUGCUCGGUCUCACUUUCUUCCCCUCUCUCUCUCUAGAUCAUACACUCUGACUUAUAUACACAGUCUUCUGUAUCUAUAUAUUAAAUUUGAUUUCACAUUGAUUGAUCAACUGACUGCAUUUUCCGAUUCCAAUUGGAUUCCUUCCGAUCCACACACCAAUAGUAUUAAUAACACUGGAUCUGCUAUUAGCCGGAGAUGGCGUUGUCAGGGAUGAGAGGUCUGUCAGUAUUCAUAUCCGAAAUCCGAAAUUGCCAAAACAAAGAACAAGAACGCCUUCGUGUUGAUAAAGAGCUCGGUCAUAUCCGUACUCGCUUCAAAAAUGAAAAGGGGUUGACACCAUAUGACAAGAAGAAGUAUGUUUGGAAAAUGCUUUACAUAUUUAUGCUAGGAUAUGAUGUGGACUUUGGUCAUAUGGAAGCCGUUUCUUUGAUAUCUGCACCAAAAUACCCAGAAAAGCAGGUUGGGUAUCUAGUGACAUCAUGCUUGCUUAAUGAGAAUCAUGACUUUCUAAGAUUAGCAAUUAAUACAGUUCGCAAUGACAUUAUCGGCCGUAACGAAACUUUUCAGUGCCUGGCAUUGACACUGGUUGGCAAUAUAGGUGGUAGAGAAUUCGCUGAAUCACUGGCACCCGAUGUUCAAAAGUUACUUAUCUCAAGUAGCUGCAGACCUCUGGUAAGAAAAAAGGCUGCACUUUGUCUCCUACGGCUGUUUAGGAAAAAUCCUGAUGUUGUUAAUGUAGAUGGCUGGUCAGACCGGAUGACACAACUUUUAGAUGAACGAAAUCUUGGCGUUUUGACAUCAUCUAUGAGCUUGUUUGUAGCUUUGGUGUCUAAUAACCAUGAAGCAUACUGGAGUUGUCUUCCGAAGUGUGUUAAAGUUUUGGAAAGGCUCGCCAAGAAUCAAGAUAUUCCUCAAGAAUACACAUAUUAUGGUAUCCCUUCUCCCUGGCUUCAGGUUAAAACAAUGAGGGCCCUUCAAUAUUUUCCAACUGUUGAAGAUCCAAACACAAGAAGGUCAUUGUUUGAUGUUCUUCAAAGAAUACUUAUGGGAACAGAUGUUGUGAAAAAUGUUAACAAGAACAAUGCAUCUCAUGCUGUCUUAUUUGAAGCUCUAGCUCUUGUAAUGCAUCUUGAUGCGGAAAAAGAGAUGAUGUCUCAAUGUGUAGCGUUGUUGGGGAAAUUUAUUGCUGUUCGUGAGCCAAAUAUUCGUUAUCUUGGUCUGGAGAAUAUGACUCGAAUGUUGAUGGUCACAGAUGUUCAGGACAUAAUUAAAGGACAUCAAGCUCAAAUUAUAACCUCCCUGAAGGAUCCUGACAUUAGCAUCCGGAGACGUGCAUUAGAUCUACUUUAUGGUAUGUGUGAUGUGUCAAAUGCUAAAGACAUAGUUGAAGAACUUUUGCAGUAUCUUGGGACAGCAGACUUUACAAUGCGUGAAGAGUUGGCUUUAAAAGCUGCAAUUCUUGCUGAGAAAUUUGCUCCUGAUUUAUCAUGGUAUGUGGAUGUUAUUCUUCAGCUGAUUGACAAAGCAGGAGACUUUGUCAGUGAUGACAUUUGGUUUCGUGUUGUGCAAUUUGUAACCAACAAUGAGGACCUCCAGCCUUAUGCAGCUUUGAAAGCUAGAGAGUAUCUUGAUAAGCCUGCUAUACAUGAGACAAUGGUGAAGGUUAGUGCAUACCUGCUUGGAGAAUACAGUCACCUUUUGGCCAGGCGACCUGGGUGCAGUCCAAAGGAAAUUUUUGGCAUUAUACAUGAGAAGCUUCCUACUGUUUCGACACCUACAGUUUCCAUUCUUCUCUCAACAUAUGCUAAGAUUUUGAUGCACUCACAGCCACCAGACCCUGAGUUGCAGAAAUCGAUUUGGGCAAUAUUUAGCAAAUAUGAAACUUGCAUUGAUGUCGAGAUACAGCAAAGAGCUGUUGAGUAUAUUGCUUUGAGUAGGAAAGGUGCAGCCCUUAUGGAUAUAUUGGCAGAAAUGCCCAAGUUCCCAGAGCGUGAGUCCUCGUUGAUCAAGAAAGCCGAAGACACUGAGGGUGAUACUGCAGAGCUAAGUGCUAUCAAGCUGCGAGCACAACAGGCCUCUAGUGCUCUGGUGGUGACAGACCACCGAGCAGCAAAUGACCCUCCACAAGUAGGCCAACUUUCCAUGGUCAAGAUCCCCAGCAUUAACAACAUGGAAAAUAACUAUGGGGACCAAGAAGCGACACGAGCCAAUGGGAUUUUUGGUGAAGGUGAGUCACAACCUCAUCCUCCAACAAAUGGUCAUGCUCCCAAUGCUGAGAUUCUUGGAGAUCUCUUAAGCCCAUUGGCUAUAGAAGGACCUCCUAGUGUUUCUGGAAAUGGAAUUCUAAGUGAAGAUGAUGCAUUGGCUCUAGCACCUGUUGGAGACCAGGAAAAUGCAGUAAAGCCAAUGGGAGAUAUUGCAGAAAGAUUUCAUGCUUUGUGCCUUAAAGACAGCGGAGUUCUAUAUGAGGAUCCAUAUGUGCAGAUUGGUAUAAAAGCAGAGUGGCGAGCUCAUCAAGGCCGCAUUGUCCUUUUUUUGGGAAACAAAACGACGUCUUCCCUAGAUGCGGUUCAAGUGGCGAUUCUGCCUCCAUUCCAUCUGAAGUUGGAGCUCUCAUCAGUUCCCGAAAUCAUUCCUCCACGAGCACAGGUUCAAUGCCCACUUGAAGUGGUAAAUCUCCGUGCAAGUCGGGAUGUUGCAGUUCUUGACUUGUCCUAUAAGUUUGGAACCAAAUUGGUUGACAAUAAGCUCCGGCUUCCUGCAGUACUGAACAAGUUUUUUCAGCCAAUACCGGUGUCGGCAGAGGAAUUUUUCCCACAGUGGAGAUCACUGGCGGCACCUCCUUUGAAACUUCAAGAAGUGGUUAGAGGUGUAAGACCAAUGUCAUUGGGAGACAUGGCCAGUUUGUUGAACAGUUGGAGGCUUAUUGUUUGCCCUGGACUGGAUCCAAAUCCUAGUAAUUUAGUUGCAACCACAACAUUCUAUUCUGAAACUACACAAGCCAUGUUAUGCCUGGUAAGAAUCGAAACAGAUCCUGCUGACAGAACCCAACUCCGCAUGACAGUGGCAUCAGGGGAUCCCACACUAACAUUCGAGUUGAAGGAAUUUAUAAAGGAACAGUUGAUAAGCAUUCCCACUGCCUCUAGGCCAGCUGUGACUCAACAACCUCAACUCACUACUCCACCAAGUUCAGCCUCAGAUCCUGGUGCUUUACUUGCCGGUUUGCUUUGAAACACCUUGUAUUACAGUUUAAUUGAAUGUGUCUAUAUCCACAAAAAAAAGGUAGAAUUUGGUAUCAUUAUAUACAAUCCCUGGGGACUGUAAACGGAGUAUUACAUUGCUUGUGUUACGGGAUAACGGGAUUAAGGUUGAGUGAACGGCAUAUUAUUGGAUGUGAAGGUCCUUAGAGAUGAGGGUACUGAGGAGAUUUUUGUGUAGUACAAUAAGAUUGUAUCUUUGCAGAUCGAGUUUCAUUAAUUAGUCAUUCUUGGUGAGGGCUUUCUUUGGUUUCUAAAUUCUUUGAAACAUUUGCAUCACAAAUAGUGGGAAAUUACAUGAUGUAAUGUAGAUAGGAGAAAGUGAAGAAUUGGCGUAUGCAAGAUUUUAUUGGAUUGGUUUGACAAUGCACAUAUAUACAUAUGUAAUUUUUCAAACACUUUGGAAAAACACAUCUAUUUGCUUUAUGUAAAAAUAUGAAAACUGA